AUGUGGUCAACAGCGCGCGAGAUCGCAGCAGGAGACCUGGUCAUCGUCUGGAUGACCCGGGAACUUAUAAUUCCACUUACCGUCACACCUGGCGCAACCUUACACAAUAAGUUCGGUGUAUACCCCCACGACGCCCUCAUAGGAGUGCCUUAUGGCUCCAAAAUUCGCUCACAAACUGGGAAAGGCUUCAUGCAUGUGUUGCGACCGACACCGGAGCUUUGGACGCUAGCGCUGCCUCAUCGGACCCAGAUUCUGUAUCUGGCAGAUAUCUCGUUCAUUACAGAUUGGCUAGGUAUCAGACCAGGCAGCAGGGUUAUCGAGGCCGGAACUGGAUCAGCGAGCUUCUCGCAUAGUGUUGCUCGAACGAUUGGGCCCACCGGGAAACUCUAUUCCUUCGAGUUUCAUGAACAGCGUGCUGCAAAGGCAAGAGAGGAGUUUGGACGACAUGGCAUGACUCCAUUUGUAACGCUUCAACACCGGAACGUAUGCAAGGAUGGAUUCGGCGACGUAGUAGAUGAAGCAGACGCAGUCUUCCUAGACUUACCAGCACCCUGGGAUGCCAUUCCACAUGCCAAGAAGGCGCUCCGAAAAGACCAUACAGCGCGGAUAUGCUGCUUCAGCCCAUGUAUCGAACAAGUCCUUCGCACCGUAGCAGCCCUAAAUGACGCCGGAUUCACCGAAAUCACAACCUACGAAACCCUCCUCCGCCCCAUCGACGUCCAAACGGCACCCGCCUUCCCUUCAUUAGACGACGUUACAGAGCGCCUCAAACAGGCAGAAGUAAAGCGCGAAGAGAAGCGACAACGUCAGAUCAAGGCGAAUAGAGAGAAGGAAGCGAAGGAUAAACAAAAGUCCGCCACGGAGGGCGAGAGCACGGCAACCGGGAAGAGGAAACACGAUGAAGUCGUCGCUACCGAUGGGGCGCAGCAAGUAGACACACCUGAGGUGUCCGAGCUGGAGCCUAAACGACUAAAGACAGAAGGCGAGGUGGUUGCCGAAGAGAUGCAAAUGGACUCGACAACCGCAGGACCCUCAAGUUCAACGACACCAGACGCUGCACGCGUCACCACCCCAUCCUCGAAGCGAACGCCUGUCGUACUGUCAAAAUCCGGCACUCCUAUAUCUUUCGCAUCCGCAACAGCAGUCUCCAAAGCUCUACCUGAAGUUCGGGGCCAUACAUCCUAUCUCACAUUCGCCUGCCUGGCCCCAUACGAACGUUACAAACCCGCAGAGACAGGAACUCCGACACCUAGCUCAUCGAACGCCACGCCAGCCCCCAUCCCUGCAGCGACGCCAGUAUCUGAACCUGCCAUCCAGAAUGCGAACGGAGCUGAACCAUCAUCUAGUGGUUAA